GCCUCGUUUGCAAUUCAUCAGAGCACUAUCACUACAAUGGAUUACAUGCCCAUGGUCGUGGCACUGGUUGUCACGGUAUCAUCCAUAGCCAUCAUCCACCUCUUUACAAGAGCCAAGAGACCAUGUCCGGCCAACCUGCCGCCGGGCUCCCUCGGUUUGCCGGUGAUCGGCCAGAGCGUGGGCCUCCUGCGCGCCAUGCGGGGCAGCACCGGCGACCGAUGGGUACAGGACCGGGUGGACAGGUACGGGCCGGUCUCGAAGCUGUCGCUGUUCGGCACGCCGACGGUGCUCGUGGCUGGGCCGGCGGCCAACAAGCUCAUGUUCUUCACCACCACUAUGGCUUUGCGGCAGCCGCCAUUUGUCCAACAGAUACUGGGUGAGAAGAGCAUCCUGGACCUCUACGGCGCCGACCACAAGCGGGUCCGCGGCGCCAUGCUAGAGUUCCUCAGGCCGGACAUGCUCAAGAUGUAUGUGGGGAAAAUCCAAGGCGAGGUUCGCCGCCACAUCGAAGAAAACUGGGUGGGCCGCACGACCGUGACAGUGAUGCCACUGAUGAAGCGGCUGACGUUCGACAUCAUUGCCGCGCUGCUCUUCGGUCUCGAGCGGGGCGCCACCCGGGACGCCCUCGCCGGCGACUUCGUCCGCAUGACGAAGGGUAUGGCGGCCAUCCCGGUGAACCUGCCUUUCACGGCGUUCGGCCGGAGCAUCAAGGCCAGCGGCAGAGCUCGCGGGGUGCUGCAGGGGAUCACGCGGGAGAAGAAGGCCAACCAGCUGAAGCAUGGCAACCAAGUGUCAAGAAACAACGACCUCAUCACCUGCCUGCUCGGCCUGACCGGCGACAAUGGCGAGAGGGUCCUGACCGACAAGGAGAUCGUCGACAAUUCCAUGGUCGCCCUUAUCGCAGGCUAUGACACGUCGUCAAUCUUAUUGACGUUCAUGGUCCGCCAACUCGCCAAUGAUCCGACCACCCUCGCCGCAAUGGUCCACGAGCAUGAGGAGAUUGCGAAGAACAAGUCUGAUGAAGAGGCUCUGACCUGGGAAGACCUGACGAAGAUGAAAUUAACAUGGCGAGUAGCGCAGGAGACACUUCGCGUGGUCCCUCCAAUCUUCGGCAGCUUCAGAAGAGCACUCGAGGACAUCGAGUUCGACGGCUACUGCAUCCCAAAAGGAUGGCAGGUGUUCUGGACGGCCAACGUGACGCACAUGGACGCGAGCAUCUUCCCGGAGCCAGCUAAGUUUGACCCGUCCCGAUUCGAGAACCAGUCGGCAUCGGCAGCACCACCGUGCUCCUUCGUCGCCUUCGGCGGUGGCCCGAGGAUAUGUCCCGGGAUGGAGUUAGUCAGGAUCGAGACACUGGUGACCAUGCACCACCUGGCGAGGCAGUUCAGAUGGAAGCUAUGCUCUAAGAAGAACACUUUCGUGAGGGACCCUAUGCCAUCGCCACUGCAUGGCCUGCCCAUCGAAAUCGAGCACAAGAUGUCUCCUUACUCAUAACUGUCAGGACGACAGUCAGUUCCAUUUUAGCAUCAAGUUUGUGUAGAAGCUGCCACCUUUUAGUCUGGGUCUUUAUCCAGCAUUUACUAUGGUGUUGCACAUUGAA